CAUUCAGUGCCUUCUUCCCUCACACGUUUAACAUUUUUUCUAUAAACAAUCCCCAAUUUCAACCGAUAUUCUGAUCUAAGUUGUCUUCAAUUUCAUGCUCAAUAGAAAAAACCCAAAAUCUUCAACUUGGGUUUUUAAUAUCUUCUUGAAAUUCUCCCACUCAGACCCCCAUCACACGAACAUACGCAGAUCCUCCAACUUGGGGUGCGUCGAGAAUCGAUGAUGGCUAAACUACUUCUAGGGUUCCUAUUGUUGAGCUGCUUGUAUCAUCAAUCGGCAAUGGGUAGAUUCGUAGUGGAAAAAAACAGCUUAACAGUAUCUUCUCCUGAAAGCAUCAAGGGAAAUCACGACAGUGCCAUUGGCAACUUCGGUAUUCCUCAGUACGGCGGUAGUAUGGCCGGUACGGUGGCUUACCCUAAAGAAAACAGAAAAGGUUGUCGGAAGUUCGACGAAUUUGAUAUUUCUUUUAAAGCCAAGCCUGGUACUCUGCCAACGUUUGUUUUACUCGACCGUGGAGAUUGCUUUUUUGCUUUGAAGGUUUGGAAUGCCCAAAAUGCUGGUGCUUCUGCCGUUCUUGUAGCAGAUGACAUUGAGGAAGCACUAAUAACUAUGGAUACGCCCGAAGAGGAUGGUGCUUCUGCAAAGUAUAUUGAGAACAUAACAAUCCCAUCUGCUCUAAUUUCCAAGAGUUUCGGUGAAAAGUUGAAGAAAGCAAUCAGUGAUGGGGACAUGGUAAAUGUGAAUCUUGAUUGGAGAGAAUCUGUUCCACAUCCAGAUGAUCGUGUGGAAUACGAGCUAUGGACAAACAGCAAUGAUGAGUGUGGUGUUAAGUGUGAUAUGUUAAUGGACUUCGUGAAAAAUUUCAAGGGUGCAGCACAGAUUCUUGAGAAAGGUGGCUACACUCUAUUCACCCCCCAUUAUAUUACCUGGUAUUGUCCUCAGGCAUUCACAAUAAGCAAGCAGUGCAAAUCACAAUGCAUAAAUCAUGGAAGGUACUGUGCUCCUGAUCCUGAACAAGAUUUCAGCACAGGUUAUGAGGGGAAAGAUGUGGUUAUUGAAAACCUACGGCAGCUUUGUGUGUUCAAAGUGGCAAAUGAGACAAAAAAGCCAUGGGUUUGGUGGGACUAUGUCACUGAUUUUCAAAUAAGAUGCCCCAUGAAAGAGAAGAAGUACAACAAGGAUUGUGCUGAGGGUGUUAUCAGUUCCUUAGGGCUUGAUUUGAAGAAGAUUGAGAAGUGCAUGGGGGACCCUAAUGCCGAUUCUGACAAUCCUCUCCUCAAAGAAGAACAAAAUGCUCAAAUUGGAAAAGGAUCAAGAGGUGACGUGACCAUAUUGCCUACGCUAGUUGUCAAUAAUCGACAAUACCGAGGAAAGUUGGAGAAAGGUGCGGUUCUGAAGGCCAUUUGUGCUGGUUUUGAAGAAACAACUGAGCCAGCUGCUUGUCUGAGUGAUGAUGUGGAAACAAAUGAGUGCUUGGAGAACAAUGGUGGUUGUUGGCAUGACAAAAUCGCGAAUGUCACUGCAUGCAAGGAUACUUUUCGUGGGAGAGUUUGUGAAUGCCCCUUGGUUGAUGGAGUACGGUUUAAAGGAGAUGGUUAUACCAACUGUGAAGCGAAUGGGCCAGGACGUUGCAAGAUCAAUAAUGGGGGAUGUUGGCAUGAAACCCGAGAUGGGCAUUUCUACUCUGCUUGCUCGGAUAGCGGGAAUGGUAAAUGUGCAUGUCCUUCUGGGUUUAAAGGUGAUGGCGUAAAAAGUUGUGAAGAUAUUGAUGAAUGCAAAGAUAAGAAAGCAUGCCAGUGCCCCGAAUGCAGUUGCAAGAAUACUUGGGGAAGCUAUGACUGCACCUGUGGUGGUGACCUUUUGUAUAUGAGAGACCACGAUACCUGCAUAAGUAAGAGGGCUGCUGAAGCAAAAUCCGCAUGGACUGCUGUUUGGAUCAUUUUAUUGUGCUUAGUUUUGGCUGCCUCUGGAGCAUAUCUUAUCUACAAGUAUAGAUUGAGGACUUACAUGGACUCGGAGAUCAGAGCGAUCAUGGCACAGUACAUGCCUCUGGACAACCAAAGUGAAGUUCCGAAUCAUGUAAAUGAGGAUCGUGCUUGAGAAAGAGGAGUCUUGGAGGAUUGGAUUCUUCGGAACUAUGGUGAUGUGUUGAGGGAACAUAUAUAUCUUGUACAUCCAACCGGUGAAUUCAAUUCACAGAUGUUUAUGUACCAAAUUAGAGAUGAUAAGCAAGUAUUUUUAGAAAACUUGUUGAAUUUGGAUGAUGGGGGAGAUUUGAUUGUAACAAGUUGCAAGUGUGAUAGUAGUGAUAAAUGAUGAUGGUAUUCUUUACCAGUUACUUGC